AUGCAGUGUGAAAAUGAAACGAGUGAAAAAGAAAAUAUGCAGUAUACACAAACGGCUGACAGUUCGCUUGACACCAUUACAAAAUUAACUAUGGAAAAUGAAUCUAAACAAAUUAUAAUAGAAAAUCUACAAAAACUGAGGAAGAAAGAUCUGGAAGACUUACAGUCUUAUCACAUAGAGUUGAUGCGACUUAAAAAUGAAAAUGAAUUACUGAAUAAAGAAGUAGCAGACUUACGCAAUCAACUUAAUCAAGCAAUUCCAAACUAUAAAGAGCUUGACCUUAAGGCGUUCAAAAAAGUAGUUAAUGCCACAGAGAUGUCUCAGAAAUCAGUUAUAUUAAAAUCAAACCUUACUCAGGAAGUAGCUUGCUGCAGUACUACAGGCACUGUUAUAAAUGAUGUACAGCCCAGUGAUAUAGAAGCGUCUUCACUAAAUUUCAGAGUGAAUAAUUUACCUACGCCAUGUAGACCUGAUUCUCUGUCUUCUGAUCACAGUCUCCUUGACCACACUAAUGAAGUAAAUUCAGAAUUGGAAAUUACUGGAAGUGAUAAUGAAGACGAUAACAGCAGUUUAGCAACAGUCGACUAUGAAAAUCAUCGUGGUGUAAAACAAUUAGGAGCAGGAGAUACAAUAAGUUCCCCAUCACAAUUAAGUCUUCUUCUCUCUGAACGUCAGGUCUUAACUACACGACUAGAAGCUAUGCGUGUACACUUAGCUGAAGUAAAGGCUGAAUGGAGUGAUUGCAUUGUCUCUCUGGAGCAUGAAGUUUCUACUUUAAACAUGAAAAUCAUUCAAGACUCUGAAAAUUACAAUAAAUUACAAUCUAUAUUAAAAGAAACUAUUGAUGAUCAAAAACAACAGAUAGAAUAUCUAAAACGGGCAUUAAAAUCAGCCGUUGAACAGUCCUCCAACAGUCAGAUGGAAUUAAUUAAUUUAAAGAUGAUACAUGGGCAGAAAACACGUGAAUGGCAAACAGAACGUAACACACUAAUAACACAAGUUCAGAACGCCCUUGAUCAGGCUAAGCUGCCGAAACAAGACAGUUGCAAACACAGUGAACUUUCAGUUUAG